AUGGAGGAGCCUUGUGCAAGCUUCAGUAUUCUCACCUCAACUGACACGAUCUUUGUUCUUGGUAAUUCGUCUUCCGCUGCUUUGAUGUAUUGCCUCUAGAGCGAACUAAUAUUCCUAACAGUGUACCCGUCAGUAUUUGAAAAGGACUUUGCUUGAAACUGGUCUUGCAUCAUUUUCUGCAUUGUACUUUUUGCCCAUCUAGAAGUGUCAUAAGGAAUAUAUGUACCAGUUUUAGAUGACUGCCUGUUUGCCAGGUUUUUGCAAAGAUCUAUCAACAGAUUUAUUUGAAUUUUCUAGGUGGAGACAUGGAGCCACGAAACAAGAUAUCAACUUUCACGUCGCCAAAGGGUGCUCUUGAUUUCAACAAUGAUUUCGUUUCGUGGGUCUGGUCUUCGAAGUGCACGAUUGGGACGCUUAAAGAAAUUACUGGAGCUGCGACUGUUCGUUUUUAGACGGAUGCAUUAUUUUGGCCUUACCUGCGCGCCCUUCCCAUUUAUCGGAAAUAAUAAAUCAACUCGCAGUUGGCAAUAUCUGCCUUUUCAAGUACACAAUCGAUCCUUUUUGGACACUUUUAUCCUGAAAGAAGCAAGGUCCGUGCAUCUUAGAUGGCCCCAUAAUGGCAUCUCUGUUCUGGUAAUAAUUACUUGGAAUAUAUGUGCCAGAUUGAUUUAAAAAGACAAAACAUUAUGUAAUUACCGACAAAGACUAGGAUGACUGUACAUUACAGUAGAUGUACUAACUCAUGAAAUGUCAACCAAAAUUUCGAUGUGCGUUCUCGUUUCGAAAAGAUAAAUUAAGUAUUGUUGUAAAACUAAUCCCGAUGCUGCAUAAAUCUAUAAUGAUCCAGUUACCUCAGGCUGUCGGCUUUCGAAAGAACUUAUUUUUGGCUGCAUGCAAGAUCUAUACUUUGCAAAAAAUGAGUACAUAAGUAUCAUGCAAUUUUUGAUACCCUUGAAAAUUCAAUUAUAUUUCAUAGAAAACAUGCAUAAAAAUAUUCAUGCUUUUGCUUAUUCGGUAGAAACUUACGUCCACUUUCAAUUUCAUACUCAAAAGGCGAGUAUGAUUCGGCAUUUAAAAACUUUUUUUAAUCGAGGAUAAUUUUGUACCCGACCUGCUGUUAAACUCGCAUUCAGGAUUUCAAAACUACAAGCUGUAUAUUUUCCGUUAACGGAAAACCAUGCAUUGCUCUACGGUUUUAAGAGGAGACCAUAUGAUGUUCAUAAAAUUAAACGGUGGAUUUGAGCAAUAUUGCUAGCUUUACAAGCCACAUUCGUAAAUGCAGAUGCAUGACGUUUCAUGAGCGACCAUUUAACGGAAUUAAAAAGUCUCAAAAUUAGAAACUUUUUUAAAACCGAAAUAUACUCUUCUUUUGAUUAUGGAAUUGAAAGAUGUGAUUUACUACAGAAUAAGUCAAAGAACGAAUAUUUGUAUGAAUAUUUUCCAUGAAAUAUAAUUGAAUUUUUAAGGGCAUCGAAAAUCAGUGAAAAAAUUGCAUGCUACUUAAGUAGUCAUUUUUGCAGAGUAUAGAUCUUGCAUGUAGCCGAAAAUAAGUUUUUUUGAAAGCCGACACCCUGAGGUGACUGGAUCAUUAUAAAUUUAUGCUGCAUCAUGAUUAGUUUUACAACGCUACUUAAUUUAUCUUUUCGAAACGAGAACGCAUUUCGAAAUUUUGGUUGACAUUUCAUGAGUAAACACAUCUACUGUACAAUCCAGUUGUCACAUUGAUGCUUGACUUUCUUCCAAAUCAUAUAUUCUCAAGAAGCAACUCAAAAGGCAGGCUAUUCAUCGACAGCAUGAAUGAGAUAGAAAUAUCUGGCAGAUUAGAGGGAGAGUAGUAUGUUUUUUGAGGUUCAGGCUCAGCCGUCUCAGGUGUCUGAUGUUCAAGCCACAUCGAUGUUGCCAGUUUUUGACGACUGGAAGAAAUCCCUUUGAAUAAAUCGACACGAUUCCAAGGUACCAUCCUAUUGGGGAGGAGGAAGAGGAGGAGGAAGAGGAGGAGGAAGAGGAGGAGGAAGAGGAGGAUGAAGAGGAGGAGGAGGAGGAGGGUAAGUAG